AGCCAUCUUUGCUGCCGAAUGCAGCCAAAGAGCGCAGCGCGCAUUCUGUAUGCAAUCCUGAAUGAAUUCAAACGAAAGGUUUUAUAAAUGUGGUGCAGCAUCGCACCCCUAACUCAAAUCUUUAGUCAACGAUAGCAUAUGCAAAUAUGUUGGACACUAUCUAUGCACAUACGUACGAUAAACGUAUAACAUUCAUUCAAUUCAUAUUAUGUUAGUUGGAACUAAAUAUAACAGAUGCAAAUCUAUAUAAAAUGUACCGAGUUUUCACUUCCGUGAAAUUUCUUAAAUCGUAGAGGUGGUUACAUCUGUUCGAAAUAAUAAGCUUAUACAAGAGGUGUCCACCGAGCCAAUGCUGAAAAUGAUUGGUCAUUACUCAUUAGCAAGAAUUGUUACUAUUCUCAAGAAUUUCAAUUAGCACGUCACUAAUUCUAUUCUACUUACAACUGAAGAUUUCAAACUAAGUACUUUUUGCAUAGCUUAUUCUGGUUAAUUACAGAUUUAUUCAUGGUGCGAUAGUAUCCGCAAUAAUACUUAGCUCGGCUGAAUACUACAUUAAAAAAAUUUAUAUAGCUCUUGGCUGCCUUGCCCAAAUUAAAAGUAGGAGGCAUGAUUCGUACAGCUAACUGCGGGAGAAUAUUGCCUAAACACGCUUUGACGAUGAGGAUUUGGAUUUUUUAAAUAUUUGAUAAGCACCCCUCGUCAAACGAUUUUCGCAUUCUUCUUAUUUUUCCCUUCAAUUAACCCGAGACUAAUAUAAAAUUCUUCAGUAAAACUAUGUACUGCUAGAAAUAAACUGAAGAUAUCGAUGGCAUUUUCUCGUUGUACGAAAUCGAAAAUCUAGUGCAAAUGAUUCGCACUGGAAUCAUCGGAUUUAUUAAAAAAAUCCGCUUUCUAAGUUUAAUAUCAGAGGUGCCACCUAUUCGUACUGCCUGCGACUACUGCAUUAUCGAUGCGUUUACUGAUAACAAACAUUGUGUAGUGCAUUGUGAUCAACUGUGAUGAUGGAGUAGGAUCACGGUAUGCGAGAUGGAGUGAGAACAUGCCUAUUGCUCUCUCUGCAUCAUUUUGCCUUUUAAUAAUGGGUGGUGGAAAGUCUGAUCAAAGUAUCCAAUGCUUCCUUCAUGUGAUGUACACAGGCCAUUUGUGACGUAUAAAGCUUUGAAUCGACCGUAGCUCAAAAUUGGUGAAUAUGACAAUAUCCUAAUACUUGUAUUCUUCGUUAAACUAUCAGUAAUCAAGCUAUGGCCAUUCCUAGAUCUAAAUCAGAAGGAGAGUGGUAAUUAUAGUUUGUUUCUUAGAUUUGUUCUUGUUGUUGCACGAAUAAGUAAAUCGCAGGUGCAAUGGAGGUAGACCAUAAUUGGCAAUGCAAGUCUAUCUUGGGUAAAGGUGGAUUUGGUAUCGUAGAACUUUGGACAAAUAUAAACACCGGUGAUGAACUAGCUAUAAAAAAAUGUAAAUCUGGUAAUGCUGUAUUAACCGAGAGGCAAGAAGAACGAUGGAAAGAUGAGAUAAAAAUCAUGAACAGGCUGCAACACCAAAAUAUUAUUGCCACAAGACCUGUUCCAGAUGAAAUAAGAAGGAUUAUAGGGCCCUUACCAGUCCUUUGUAUGGAAUACUGCAGAGGAGGAGACUUACGCCAUGUACUGAAUGAGAGUGAGAAUUGCUGUGGUUUACCAGAACCAGAUGUUCUUCAAAUAAUGAAAGAUGUUUCCAGCGCGGUAGAGUACCUUCAUUGCAAACAUACACCUGUUUCACAGAGUAUAACUCACAGGGAUUUGAAACCUGAAAAUGUUGUACUGCAACGGACAAAUAAUGAGAUAAUCUACAAGUUGAUAGAUCUGGGUUAUGCCAAAGAACUGGGCCACGAUAGCAUCUAUGCAUCGCUUGUUGGGACCUUGAACUAUGUGGCACCAGAGUUAUUAUGGAAACAUAAGUAUAGUUGUUCAGUUGAUUACUGGAGUUUAGGAAUAUUAUUCUUUGAAAUAAUAACUGGAUCCCGACCAUUUUUGCCAUCUGAAUCAAAUCCAGUGGCAUGGAGAAAACAUAUUGAGCACAAAUCGUACAACGAUAUUUGCGCACAAUAUGUAAAUGGCAGUGUGAUACUUCAAGAAGAUAUUCCGGAACCUACAGACAUAAGCCCAUGUAUCAGAGACGCACUGGUAAAUUGGUUCAGACUCGUUUUACAAUGGGAGCCUAAAUAUCGUGGAUGUGAAUUUAUUAAUGGUAAUCACAAACCUGUCGUCUUCCAAUUGCUCAGGCAAAUCCUCUUGAAGAAGGUAGUUCACGUUUUCUGCGUAUCAGAAUAUCGAAUAAUUAGUUAUGAGGUAAAUGAAUCGACCACUUUGGGAAACCUGCAGUCUAGGCUGGAAGAAGACACCAAAAUAGCUGUAUCUAAUCAAGAGCUCAUUCGGUCUACUGGAGAAGCUAUUACGGAAAAUGAAGUAUUACAUGAUACGUUCCUAACGCUUUUUAGCAAAGAAGGUAUUUUAAUGCACCUACCUGCGCCUGACCUACCUGCACUCGUUGAUAAGAUGAUAGUAUCACCCAAAACGACUAUGGGCAUCUACGAGUUGAAGCAGUGCUAUUCUGCAGCGAUGUUUUUUAUAAAAAAAGAAGUCAAGUUGUUGAAAUGUUAUAUGAGGGCUCUCAGUAUGAAAAUAGACUUAAUCAACUCAAGAUUGGAUACAAUAAUAUCAAAGACUCGCGAAACGACUCUAGGGGUCGAUGUGCUGAGAGCUGAAUUCCAGUCCUUGUGUGAAUCAGUAAGGGGUGGUGUAAAUAAUUGCCUUGAGAAGUGGGAGAACGAUUUAAAGACAAACGCGAUCAAACUAGAGCGUCUAUCGGAAGGAGUAGCUGCCCUUGGGAAAAGAUGUGAUACGUUCCCACAAAUACGUGAAAUUUUGAGAGGGUUCAUAGAUAUUGAUUGGAUGUCAAAAUACGAAGAAUCCUUAAAUAGAGUAGCAGUUGAAGUUGAUCGGUUAAAAACGUUACGUACGUCUACCAAAAACCGUCCAACUCAGAUGGCACUGAUAAUAGCAGAGUUCCUAAAAUUCCGCCAAUCACAAUUGAGUGACCCAAAAUUCGCAAAAAUCGCAAGACACAUCAGUCAGAUGGCUAAACCGCAGGCGGCACAAUAUUUGUUAGAAUUAGAAAAUAUUGUUGAAUCUCCUGUUGCAUUGACCAAUGUAUACCGGCAAGAGAUUUCAAUUAUGAAAAAGAAAUGGCAGAAUCAAAAAGCGACAGUAAGUUCUUUUUGUGUUAGAGAUCUACCCAUGGUUGUGGAAGCUAACAAUGACGCAGUUCUUUCAUUAUCGCCGACAAACAGCACAAACGUUGCAGCUGAUAGCGUCAUAUACGACAACUUAGUCAUACGAUACAUGAUGCAUGACGUUAUGUCCGACACGUUUGAAAGGUUGUUACAAAUCCGUCACUUAAGUCUGUGAUAUGAUAAAAUCAAAGAUACAAUGAUUUCAAAACGUAUGUGAUAUAAAAAAAAGUGAUUGAAAAUAUUAUUUGAAUAUUCUAUUGUUGGAACAAAAUAGUACAUUAUGCAACAAGGAAAUAAAGCUGUAGUAUAUUCCGGCGGACGACUGAACUGCCCGAGCAAAAUUUCUGAGCGGCAGUAUUCACUCGAGAGAAUUUUCGGGAGGGCAGUAAGUCCGAAGGAAUGAUUAACUUUAUUCCUGCGAUGCAUAUGUAUAGGAUUUUAUUUCUGACUCGACUGUGAAGACCACUUUUCGUCCCGCAAAUUUUCUUUUCUUCGUAAAAUGCCGGAGAAAAGUAUAGUAGGGAAUCAGAUUCAACUUUAGUCCCGCCUUUCAGGUCAAAAAAGUUGUCUUUACGUUUCAGUCGGGAAUAAGAAAUUAUAGUAUCAUAGAUAUAUUCAACUAUAUCGGUGAUAGUACUUGUAUUAUCUAUCACGUGUUACAAUUUUAUACUAAAUUAGCUGAUCAGGUCACGCGAUGCCGUGGCUCAGUUUAUUAGUAAUAGUAUAUAAGAUUCAUUAUUGUUUCAUAAUAAAAAUAAAGAAAUUUUAACAAAG